GUGAAAAUUAGAUAUUUUAGCUGAAGGGCAAACAAUAAGCUGCUGAUGGCGUCACCGCUUGGCUUGGUGUGGCUGGUGUUAGCCUUCACUUUGGUAUUCAAGCCAGUGGCUGCCAACACCUGUUUGAACCAGGAUUUUUCCUGCUCUCACGGAUUAUGUGUGUCUGAGGACUGUGUGUGUGACUUCACUGACGACUGUGGAGACGGCAGCGAUGAAAACAACUGUUCAAUGUAUGAGAGGUGUGACUUUGAGGAGGGUUUCUGUGGCCUGAUCCAAAGCUCAGAAAUGAGGGCUCAGUGGUCCAGAACAACUGAGGUCGCUGGACUCAAACAUGACCACACAAACAGCAAAUCAGCACAUUUUCUGUCCCUGUUACCUGUCAGAGGAAACAAAACCACGGCAGACCUGAAAAGUCCAGUCUUCCCACCCAGCCACACCUGCCAGAUGAGUUUCUAUUAUUAUUUUGGAGCAACUCACGGAGAUCUUCAGGUCUUGGUUCAAACUCAUCCAGCAGGUCGGAGCACAGCGGUGUGGAAACCCUCAACUCAGCUACAGAAGGAUACGUGGCUGCGGGAAGUCCUUCGCUUUUCCAGGAAUGACAGUUUUCAGUGUCCUGAGACAAUGUCAAUGUGUCACCGUCCCCUCUUCUCUGCCUUCACCAUCUGUCACCCAGGAGUGCCCGCUCAGUUUUGUGAUGUAGCCGACCAGUAG